UGGAAUGGUUUUGUGUAUCUGACAAUUGUUUCUUAUCAUUGUGUGUCCUGUUGCUGGAAUUCCAUCCCUGUGAAUGGAACAAAACAAAUAAAGUUUGUUUGGAAAGUUAUUCAAUUUUUGCUUGAGGCACUGCUUGGAUCCUUGCCAGGGUUAUUUGUUGCUCUUGACACACACAGAUUCACACACAUAUCACAAGUCCUUCUGGCUGAGCUCAUUCCCUGCUCAGCAUGCUGCAAAGAAUCCAGGUCAUGUGCUACCACCUUGACAGUGUUGAGGGACAGAGGGAUUGGCGCUCAGGAUGGAUGGUCCUCGUUCAGGCACAUCUCAUAUGACCAACAGCUAUGCCAGUUCCUGGAAACCAUGGCAGGCGAGAGCGAUGCUCUUGUGCAUGAAUCCUUCUUGUGGGUUCCCCACUGGUAUCUGGUUGGCCACUGUGAAAACAGGGUGCCACUUGAGAUGGGCUGUGACCCUGUUUUGCCAGCUUCUUCUUAUGUUCUUAGCACAUCUAAACACUUGCUUCCUUUCAGAAAGGCCACCAUGUUUCAGAAGUGAGCAGGCCCACGUCCCCAGUUCUGGCAUGUCAGCUGCUAACUGGACUCUGCUCCACCCCUCCACCUUCAUCCUUCUUGGGAUCCCGGGACUGCAAGCCUUCCAUGCCUGGAUUUCCAUCCCCUUCUGCUCCAUCUACAUCCUCUCCCUUCUGGGGAACUGCCUCCUCUUGGCGGUCAUCAAGAAGGAGCCCAGCCUCCAUGAGCCCAUGUACUUGUUCCUCUGCAUGCUGGCAGUGGCAGAUCUUGUGGUCUCGACUACCACCUUACCGAAAAUCCUGGCUAUAUUCUGGCUUCAGGACAGAGGCAUCCACACCAGUGCCUGCCUGGCCCAGGUGUUCCUGAUCCAUUCCUUCUCCACCAUGGAGUCGGGCUUCUUCGCCGCCAUGGCCUUCGACCGUUACGUGGCAAUAUGCAACCCGCUGAGACACUCCGCCAUCUUGACCAAAACCAUUGUGAUCAAGAUUGGGCUGGCUGUUUUGAUCUGGGGGGGGGCUGUGCUCCUGCUGCCCCACCCUUUCCUGCUGAAGCGGCUCCCGUACUGCAGGGGAAAUGUCAUCUCCCACACCUACUGUGAGUUCAUGGCGCUGGUGAAACUGACCUGUGCAGAUACCCGUGCCCCCAGAGCAUACAGCUUGACUGUUGCCUUCCUGACUGGGGGGCUGGAUUUCACCUUCAUCAUCCUGUCCUACACCCUGAUCCUGCGGACGGUCUUCCAGCUGCCUUCCAAGGAGGCGCGGGCCAAAUCCCUGGGCACUUGCGGCUCCCACAUCUGUGUCAUCCUGAUCUCGUACACUCCGGCAUUCUUCUCCUUCCUCACCCACCGAUUCGGCCACAGGGUCAACCCCUGCGUCCACAUUAUUGUUGCCAACAUCUAUGUCUUGAUUCCGCCCAUGAUGAAUCCCAUCAUCUACGGGGCAAAGACAAAGAAAAUCCGAGAAAGCAUCCUAAGAACCCUUGGGGUCUCCUCUGCUGGAAACAUGGAAAUGCCUCAGCCUGGGCAGGGGCAGCAGAUGACACUGCUGCCGAAGCUGCCACCUCCCGGCCUGCCAGCCCAGGCUGAAGAUUACUGGGUACGGGACCCCCAAGAACUGGAAGGGACUUGUGACAUCAUCCAGACUGACUCCUCUUCAAACUUACAAUACUAUCUGGGAUCUUUCUUUGCAGGCUCAAAGACAUACCAUGGAUGCUGCUCAGUGAAGCCUUUCCCAGGAGCUCAGCAUACAAUGUUGGCUUCCAACUGGACCCUGCUCCACCCUUCCACCUUCAUCUUAGUGGGAAUUCCAGGCCUACAGGAUGUUCAGAUCUGGAUCUCCAUCCCCUUCUGCUGUCUCUACAUCCUCACCCUCCUUGGGAAUUGUCUCCUCCUGGUAGUUGUCAAGAGAGAGCCGAGCCUCCAUGAGCCCAUGUACUUAUUCCUCUGCAUGCUGGCAGGUGCCGACCUUGUGGUCACCACCACAAUUGUGCCCAAAAUCUUGAGCAUUUUCUGGUUUGGCCAUGGAAGCAUCCAUAUAAAUGGCUGCCUGGCCCAAAUCUUCUUGCUCCACUCCUUCUCAACCAUGGAAUCUGGGUUCAUCUUGGCCAUGGCCUUUGACCGCUACAUGGCCAUUUGCAAGCCCUUGAGACAUGCAGCGGUCCUGACCAAUGAUGUGGUUGCCAAGAUGGGACUGACCAUCGUGCUACGGGGGGCCAUCCUCCUGAGCCCUCACCCUUUCCUCCUGAAAUGGCUCCCGUAUUGCAGAGGCAACGUCAUCUUACACACGUACUGUGAGUUCAUGGCUCUGAUGAAGCUGACCUGUGUGGACACGGGGGCAGAGAGGGCCUACAGUCUCCUGGUUGCUUUUCUAACUGGGGGGCUGGACUUGGUGUUGAUCAUCGUGUCUUACAUCCUCAUUUUCCAGGCUGUCUUCCAGCUCCCUUCCAAGGAAGCACGGGUCAAAUCUCUUGGCACCUGCGGCUCUCACGCCUGUGUCAUCCUGGUCUUCUACACUCCAGCGUUUUUCUCCUUCUUAACCCACCGGUUUGGUCACGUGGCUGCCCAUGUCCACAUUCUGGUAGCAAAUAUAUACCUGCUCCUUCCACCCAUGAUGAACCCCAUUAUUUAUGGAGUAAGGACCAAGAGAAUCCAGCAGGGCCUCUUCAAGAUCUUCUGUGUCAAAACCAGAUAAAAGGCCAGGAACUUGGAGCAUCUCUUUGAGUUCAGCUGCAUCCACUUGCGGGAAACCACAGACAGGAGAGAGGGCUCUUCAUUCUCUGCUUCCUGGUUUCCACAGGCAUCUGGCUGGGCACUGUGAGAACAGGCUGAGAACUAGAUUGGCCAUUGGCCUAAUCCAGGAGUCUCUUCUUAGAUUCUCAUCCACCUAUGCUCCACUUGUAUAGAGGUAUAACUAAAGCAGCAUAUUGCACAACACCAGUCAGCCUCUAAUGACCUCUUGCCAAAAGAACAGGAGUAGUGCAAUAGCUUAUCCACACUCAGUUUUUGGCCCUCUCUUUCCAGGCAGAGCUUUAAUGCUCCGUGUCCGAACAUGUUUUCUCCACCCUGCAAAAGCCUGCUCUUUAAAGCUGAAUUCUAGAUUUUGGA